AAUUCUUGCUUAUGAGCUCUCUACACAUUAAAAGUCACUAUGGCUAAGAGGACUUUUACAACUUUUUGGCACCUCCGUAGGCACUGUAAUCUGUGUCAUUUUCUAUUGUGCAGGCAGGUUAAUACUGUUUUUUUUUUUAAUAGUCCUAGAGCAUGCAAAUAGAUUAUGUGUUUAUACAACCUACUCAGCACACAUAUACAAGUACAUAUGCCAAAGAGAAAGCUAUUUUUAAGAGUUCCAUUUGCAAACAGUAAAUCCAGGGAACACACACAUAUUCACAUGCAGAGAGAAUCUAAACAUUGAUAAGUUGCUGUUAUCCAAAUGCUACUAUUAGGACUCUCAAGUUGUUUAGAGUCAUUAAACUUUUAGCUCUAUGUUAGUCUGUCUCGUAAAACUUAACUGCACCACAGAAUGCUCCGGGUUCUGUAUCUGUAACUCCAAAUAGGUGGGUGACGUUAUUAUAAUACAAAGAUGUCUUAUUGAACCAUUAUAAUACCCAUGCCCCUAUUCCCUCAACUUUUUUUUUAAGCCAGUCUUCCUUUUUUUUUUUUUUUUUUUAAAUGGGAGUUUUAGGUAAUGUGGACAGUCUUAUCUACAACAGCAGAGUCCUUGGUGUUUCUGGAGCUAAGAGUCCUCGCAGCCCUGCAAAGGUGUCAGAGGGCUUGUAACCAAGAAGUUCUUGUGCGUUGUUGCUUUAGAAAAGUGUAGAAUUUGUACGAUUCAGAAAAGCAUUGUUACCUGUCAAACCUGGAUUUAACCUAGUCUCACGGUUUUAUUAACCUCUUGUUGUAUGUAGAUCUUCUGCUUGUAGUCCUGACACCUAUUAACUCUGUCCUCCUGACCUGGUUUGCUAGACUAGAAUGCUGUGCACACAGUAGGUGUCAGAUAGAAGCAGAAUGUAUUUACAGAAACCAAGAAUGCUUAUGUGUAGGGAAGAAACUGAGAGAGAAGGACAGCUUUAACAGAUGGACGCCUUAAAGAUACUUCUGCAAGAUAAAAGCAAUAAGACAGAAAAUGAAAAGGGGGUAUGCAGACUUAAACAAAAAAAGCUUCAGAAAGGCAUUGUUUUAAAAUGCACAUUUGUCCUGAUCUGAGAAUACUGUAGUGCUUGAUGAAUUCAGCUCUGCUGUUACUUUGAAGAGAAACGAAGCAGCCAGGCAACCUGCCAUGGAUGCUAUGGUCAAGACUGGGGAGGGGAGGGGGCAAGCAGAACAACCAAACAAAGCUAGCACACGCCAGAGAAAAAAUAAGUUGCGAAUAUAUUUUAGAGAUUCUUUCCUUAUAGGCAAAGAGUACACUUUUAUAUCAUAAGAGUACACUUCUUUUGAAAGAAUGUGAGAAAGGCCAAAUGAACUCUGUGCUUUAUCUGUGAAGCCAGGACAAGUGGGCUAUAAUUUGUGAAUACAUGGACAUCCAGAUCAGAGAGGGAGAGAGAGAAAGUGAGAUAGAGAUAGAGAGAGAGAGAGAGAGAGAGAGAGGUGAGUAGCUUCACUGACUAUGUAAAAUGCUGCUUGCCCAAGGGACCUUCCAAUGCCCUGCUGUGGUGCCCACUUGGCAAAAGCAGAGUGUAUUAUAUGACCCCAGACAAAAGUUUCUCUGCGCUCCAGGUCCCAUCAGAUCUCCUGCUGGCAUGAGGACCUUGGACAUUUAAAUAUGAAUGAAUGGCAGAAAGGAAUUCUGGAUUCUGUGAGGCAGAGCAACCAGCUGUCUCAGAGCAACCCCAGCCCCAGUUCUCUGACCUGAACUAGCUACCUGAGGACCUCCCUCAGAUACCCAGCAGGGCCAGAUGGGUGUUUACUCUGGGAGCAAGGCCAUGGGAGAAGACUUGGGGGUGGGGGGGGGGGCGCAAUUUCCAAUCAAGUUAUUUCAGUGAAUAGAAACAGUGCAUUUAGUUUGCUUGGGUUUCCACUUCCAAAGAAGAAAGGUGAAGCAAGAGAAAGGGUUGAGCAGAUAAAGAGGGAAAGAAAGAAAAAAAAAAUUAAAAACAGAAGAAAAAGAAAGAAACCCCCAGACCAAAAGUGAACAGGAGUAGGAGAAUUUGUUGUAGAAACGACUGAAGAAUCCCCCCGCCCCCACCCACCCCGAGAAUGGUAGGAUUUGAAGAGAGGUGUGCGUGAAGGAGCAGGGAGCAGCGGGAAGGCAGCCUGUCAGAAACCGGCUGUCCCUCCUCCCUAGUCACAGCUUUUACUCACAGACGCCCUCCCUCUCCCAUUCACUCACUCACUUAGGGCCAAUCCGUCUCUCUCUCUCUCUCUCUCUCUCUCUCUCUCUCUCUCUCUCUCUCUCUCUUUCUCUCUCUCUCUCUCUCUCCCUCUCUCCCUCCCUCCCCUCCCUCCCCUUCCUCUCCUCUCUCUCCCUCCUUCCUUCUCUCUCCCCUCCCCCUCUCCCUUUCUCCCUUUCUCUCCCCUCUUUCCCUCCCCCUCCCUUGCUCUCCCUCUCUUUCUCCCCCUAUCCCUCUGUCUUCUCUCCCCCUCUCUCCUUUCUCCCUGUCUCUCUCCCUCCCAUCCUCUCUUAGUCUCUGUCUCCCCCCACCCUGUCUCUUCCUUCCUCCCUCCCUCCCUCUCUCCCUCCCUCCCUCUCUCCCUCCCUCCUUCCUUCUCUUUUACUCGGAGACAGUCAGAACUCUCCUCCCUGACAGCCACAAACCUACAGCACUGACUGCAUUCAGAGAGGGAACCUGCAAACAAAACUUCACAGAAAACUUUUUGCUCUUGUUCCAGAGAAUUUGCUGAAGAGGAGAAGGAAAAAAAAAAAGUCCAAAAAAAAAAAAAAAAAAAAAACAAAAAAAAAAACCUGUGCGUGAGGGGUGGGGAGGAAAAGCAGGGCCUUUAAAGAAGGCAACCACACACGACUUUUGCUGCCAGGAUGCCCUUGCUUUGGCUGAGAGGAUUUCUGUUGGCAAGUUGCUGGAUUAUAGUGAGGAGUUCCCCCACCCCAGGAUCCGAGGGGCACGGCGCAACCCCGGACUGCCCGUCCUGUGCGCUGGCCACCCUUCCGAAGGACGGACCUAACUCUCAGCCGGAGAUGGUAGAGGCCGUCAAGAAGCACAUCUUAAACAUGCUGCACCUGAAGAGGAGGCCCGAUGUCACCCAGCCGGUGCCCAAGGCGGCGCUUCUCAACGCGAUCAGAAAGCUUCAUGUGGGUAAAGUGGGGGAGAACGGGUAUGUGGAGAUAGAGGACGACAUUGGCAGGAGGGCCGAAAUGAAUGAACUCAUGGAGCAGACCUCGGAAAUCAUCACCUUUGCCGAGUCAGGCUCAGCGAGAAAGACGCUGCACUUUGAGAUUUCCAAGGAAGGCAGUGACCUGUCAGUCGUGGAACGUGCAGAAGUCUGGCUCUUCCUGAAAGUUCCCAAGGCCAACAGGACCAGGACCAAAGUCACCAUCCGUCUGUUUCAGCAGCAGAAGCAUCCGCAGGGCAGCUUGGACAUGGGGGAUGAGGCCGAGGAAAUGGGCUUAAAGGGGGAGAGGAGUGAACUGUUGUUAUCAGAGAAAGUGGUCGAUGCUCGGAAGAGUACCUGGCACAUCUUUCCAGUGUCUAGCAGCAUCCAGCGCCUGCUGGACCAGGGAAAGAGCUCCCUGGACGUGCGGAUUGCUUGUGAGCAGUGCCAGGAGAGUGGUGCCAGCCUGGUGCUCCUGGGCAAAAAGAAGAAGAAGGAAGUGGAUGGAGAUGGGAAGAAGAAGGAUGGAGGUGACGGAGGGGUGGAGGAAGAAAAGGAACAGUCACACAGACCUUUCCUCAUGCUGCAGGCUCGGCAGUCGGAAGACCAUCCUCACCGCAGGCGUAGGCGGGGCUUGGAGUGCGACGGCAAGGUCAACAUCUGUUGUAAGAAACAGUUCUUUGUCAGCUUCAAGGACAUUGGCUGGAAUGACUGGAUCAUUGCUCCCUCUGGCUACCAUGCUAACUAUUGUGAGGGUGAGUGCCCGAGCCACAUAGCAGGCACCUCUGGGUCCUCGCUCUCCUUUCACUCAACGGUCAUCAACCACUACCGCAUGAGGGGUCACAGCCCCUUUGCCAACCUUAAGUCAUGUUGUGUGCCCACCAAGCUGAGACCCAUGUCCAUGCUGUAUUAUGAUGAUGGUCAAAACAUCAUCAAAAAGGACAUUCAGAACAUGAUUGUGGAGGAGUGUGGCUGCUCCUAGAGAUGCCAGGUCCCAGAGGAAACGGAUCUAGAAAGUUCAGAGAAGACAGUGGCAAAAUGAAGAAAUAUAAGGUUUCUGAAUUAAACAAAACAACCAGAAAAAUAGAAAUAAUAAUAAUAAUAAAAAAACCCACAAAAACAAAAAAACUAAACUGAAAACAAAACCUAAUGAAACAGAUGAAGGAAGAUGUGGAAAAUAUUCUAAGCCAGGGCUCAGAAAUGAAACGUUGAAGGAGACAGGGAUUGGGAGGAAAAGAGAGAAUGGUGUACCCUUCAUUUCUUCCAAAACCAAACUGAUUGCAUCGGCUUUGUCCAAACUGGGUAUUGUCCUCUCUCCUGCCUCUUGUGGUUCCCUUGCGAGCCUGGAAGUCUACUUGUCUAUUCUGCAGUAAUGUGGGCUAGCACAACCCAAAUAACGUCUAGAAAGCCAUGAGUUUUAAAGGGCCAGUCCCACCCAGUUACCCAGGUCAUAAGUAUGUCUAUGUGACACUAUCUCUGUGUAUUUCAGCACACGCAAACAGACACACACACACACACACACACACACACACAGAGGCAUUUCCACACACCACAUGCAUACACAUACUGGUGAGAGAACAAUUCUGUGAGGGUGGUCACACUUUCUUUUCUGUACCACUUUUGCCACCAGACAAAAAAAAAACCAACAUAAAACAUUUGAGAACAAGAAUGGAAAGAGCAAAAGAUCAAGGAAUAAAGAAUACCUAGUUACAUUUCGUUAAGGUGCUUAUGAUCUUAGAACUAUGCAACCUAAUAGGUUUGAAACUGUUUACCUGAAAGAGGACAAAAAGAGAGACUUUUUUGUAUUGGAAGUAACCUGAUUAAUUUUUAUUUUCUUCAAGGAGAGAUACUUGAAAGGAACAUGUUUGUCCAUCUGUUGGAUUCAAACAUUUCUAUAUUUUGUAAAUGUUGUUUUUUUAUCGUUUACUAUUUGCACUACAAUGGUGUUUGACCUGUCUAAUCCUUAUUUAACAAGUAUUUUCUUUGGGUGGGGGUGGGGGGUGGGGUUUCAGAGCUGCACUUCAUGUGAGCUAUAAAAGAACUGCUACAGCACACAAAAAUAGCUAUUUUUAUUAUUAUAAUUAUAAUUAUUAUUAUUAUUUUGUACCUUAAAAAUAGACACAUACACCAAAGACAUUUGUGUGAGCCUUUAAACAGUCUAUCUGUGGUUGGUAUCGUUCGCCAUGAGUCAGGGGCAGAGAUCUAAGGCUGAGUUAGGUGGGUGGUGUUCAGGCUUAAAAGACCUGAGAGGUUUGGGCUUUGACUCUUUUUACAUCCAUGAAACAGGACAUUUCCUACUGGAUGUACAGUAGUGUACACUGUUGGAUUAUCAAGUUCAAAUUCAUGAGACUACAUGCUUGUAUGUGUAUAUAUACAUGGCUUGUGCAUAUGCGUACCUGUGUGUGUAUAUAUACAUGUUCUGUACCAUGUCCAUACACAUUUUAAGCACUUCAGGCUGUCAUUUUUUUUAAUGUUCUUAAAGCAAUGAAUGUUUGUGUGCAAAACACAGUAUUUGUAAGAAGGAUAAGUGAUAGAUUUUUCUUGCUUUUACUCUGUAUUAGGUGGGUACAUUUCAAAUAUUUGGAUGGGAAAAAGCCUGAAAAUCCUAGUGAGUAUCCAGCCAGGCCCUCUUUAAUUGUACAGGAUGAAAUCUCCCCUCUUCCUCAACCCUGCUCCCUACAAGCUAUCCCCUGUGGGGAAAACAGGAUGUUAAUGAAAAAAAAUGGGCUGAUUUUUUUUUCAACUUCUAUUUAUUAUUUAUUGGAAUCAAUCUUAAAUCAGAAACUUUUUCAGAAAAAAAUAUUUUUAGGCUAGAAUAAAAGUUUUUUUUUGAAUAGUGUUGUUACUACUUAAAUAAUAAAAUAAGCAGGAAAGUAUUUAAGACAGUGGGAGUUAAGGGAGAGAGCACUUAGGAGCCAGAGAGUAGGAUAGUUGUACAAAUCUCUAAUAUUUUAUUUUGCAGCCAAAAAUUCUUGAUGUGCAAGUUUAUAUUUUCAAAGGCAAAACUGUAAAGAUUGUCUUCUAAAGAUCAAAAUACACGCUUAAACCCAAGUUUCUAAUUUAGUCCAGUGUUUUGCUUGUCUAAAACAGCUAAUAAAUUAUUCAUUUAUGUAUUUAAAAUACAGAGCCUUAUUUUUACGGACUUGUUUGAAGUUUGAAAAACUUUAUAAAAAUGAAAAAAACUCUAAUUGAAAAAAAAAGCUAUAUUCCUCAGUACUUUAUAAAGUAUUGAAGCUUUUAGCAUUAAGUCAGUCCAUAGAUUAAAGUCAUUGUAGGAAAAUGAGAUGCCAAUGAGAAAUUAAAUCUUACAAAAGCUGGUUUAACUCUUAAAAAUAAACUAAGUCAAUAUAUAUUAUAUAUAUAUUAAGUCAGUAUACCUUCUCACAUUAGGCUGUAUGUAGGCAAACUACUUUAGUCUUGUUACUGGGCAAACAUACUUACUGUGUUCCAGGGGCCCUCCCUGUCUUAUGCAGGAAAUGCAUGUACUGCAUAAGAAAUGAAUAAUAAUUAAGGUCUAGUGACCUUGGAGAUCUUGCAUGUGGGGACAGAUGGCAUGGUGAGGACAAAUUGAGGGGAGGUAGAUGUCCGGGUUCAACUUUGCCAAUUUUUUAUGGAAAAAAAAAAACAAAAAACUUUAGGGCCCUCUGAACUGUUUCUUUGUUACUGGACCCAAUGCUGGGACCUAUAGAAAUACUGUGUAAAGGUCUACUGUGCCAUAUUGAAGAUGGCCUAGACAGUGGGAAGGGCAGGAUUUAUGAAACUACUAAUACUAGUUCUCAUCCGUCUGAGAGGAAUCUGCAAUCUUUUAAAGCCCUUUAAAGUUUAGAUAUUCUGGAGGUAAGCUCGGGUUUAAUUAGUAACCACAGUAAUUGAGUCUAGAAAGAAAUGCGAUUCCACAGGACAGUGUAUUAAUUGGAGAUCGAGUGACUUGGCUGUCACAUACCAAUAAACUUCAUCUAAGCUCAUCAAAUUUUUAUGGCCUUGCAAUAGAAUUUAAAUUGCUAACAUCUUUAACAAUAUGAGAUAUUAUUUUUGCUAGAGUUAGCAAUCUAGGAAACACAAAGUCUUGUGAACAACUGGUCUUUUCACAGAGCUGUAUAGUACAAACCAAAAAGCUUUUAAUGCCUAACAUCUUAGUUUCUUCAUGGUGUGCUUUACCAAGUAUUAGAGUGGCUCUACCUGGUCUCCCCACUUUCUCUAGGAUAAUUCUUAAGUACUUGCCCACAUGAAUUCUUGAAGUUCCGAAGAGCAUCUGUGCUCAAUAUCUCUUUAAACAUUAAAUACUUGUAAGCUUAAUUGACAUCUCCCCCCGCCCCCAAUAAAACAAAUUCCAGCACAAUGAUUGGGACUUCCUUAUCCUAGGAGACCAAACAAUUCCAAGUUCGUUUAAGAUUGAUUCCACACUCCAUUGUCAAGGAGAGGCCUUCCGUUUUCUGAAAAGGCAGAAUAAGCAAAACAGUUUCACGUUUGCGGGACUGAACUCAAGAGGUGACUAAAAAGAGAAUAAAUAUGCCUCAGAUAAAGUAACAUCCAUUCAAAUGGUUGUGGUCACUUGGAAAAUAUGAUUUCCUUGGGUCUUUUGGCAAUUUCUCUUUUCAAUAUAGAGAAAAAGGUAAUCACCCCAAAACCCGCAUAAGUGAGACUUGUAGAUGUGGGCAGGAGGUUUGGGGAUGGACAUUGUAUGUUUUUAAAUUAAACCCCUUAUCACUGAGAAGCUAUUGGAUGGGUCAGAGAUAAUGAAUGCUUAGAUGCUGUUCACAUCUUCAAGAGCAGAAGCAAAUCACAUGUCUCAGCUAUAUUAUUAUUUAUUUUUAUGCGUAAAGUGAAUCAUUUCCUCUGUAUUAAUUUUCAAUGGGUUUUACCCUCUAUUUAAAUGCUUUGAAAAAACAGUGCAUUGACAAUGGGUUGGUAUUUUUCUUUAAAAGAAAAAUAUAAUUAUGAAAGCCAAGAUAAUCUGAAACCUGUUUUGGUCUAAAACUUUUUAUGUUAUGUGGUUGAUGUUGUUUGUUUGUUUUUAUUUUUAUUUUGUGGGUUCUUUUGCAUACUACAUGCAUUUCUUUAACCAAUGUCUGUUUGGCUAAUGUAAUUAAAGUUGUUAAUUUAUAUGAGUGCAUUUCAACUAUGUCAAUGGUUUCUUAAUAUUUAUUUUGUAGAAGUGCUGGUAAUUUUUUAUUUACAAUAUGUUUAAAGAGAUAACAGUUGGAUAUGUUUUCAUGUGUUUAUAGCAGAAGUUAUUUAUUUCUAUUCCAUUCCAGCGGAUAUUCUGGUGUUUGCGAGGCAUGCAGUCAAUAUUUUGUACAGUUAGUAGGCAGUAUUCAGCAAUGCCUGAUAGCUUCUUUGGCCUUAUGUUAAAUAAAAAGACCUGUUUGGGAUGUA